AUGCGGACACACAGCACUCUGAGGCCGGCUGUGGGAAGGACAUUUCCCCGGGCCGAGUCGCGCUACCUACCGGGGUGUGUGGGGGGUUUGACUGCUGCUUUGAGCCCCUGUGUGGAAGCCUUCUCCCCGGACAGUGUGGAGCUGCAUGCGGGGGGGGUUGAUGUUAGCGAACGCAUCCCCGGUUUUAACGCUCACUUCCAGGAGGACUCUGGAGCCGCUCUGUGGAGCUCUAAGGCCGGGUGUGAGAGGACUGUGGAGCCCUCUGUGGAGCCCUCUGUGGAGCCCUCUGUGGAGCCCUCUGUGGAGCUCUCUGUGGAGCCCUCUGUGGAGCCCUCUGUGGAGCCCUCUGUGGACCCCUCUGUGGAGCCCUCUGUGGAGCCCUCUGUGGAGCCCUCUGUGGAGCCCUCUGUGGAGCUCUCUGUGGAGCCCUCUGUGGAGCUCUCUGUGGAGCUCUCUGUGGAGCUCUCCCUCGGCCUCCUCUGUGCCCUGCGUGUGUAG